AUGCAUGUACAUUAAAUAAUCUCCCUUAUGUCAACAACUCUUCUUUUUGUAUCUAUAUAUAUCCACGUUUGCCUCCUUUUCUUCUCUUCAAACCAAUUCUCAAUUCGCUUGAGUUUCAUUACAUACAUAUAAAUAUAACCUUUGUUAUUCUUAGUUUUUAAAUAGUUCUACAUGGGUGAGAAAGAUGACAAGAAGGACGGUGACAAAAAAUCUGGAGCCGCUCCGAUCCCCGUCGUUUUGAAGAUUGACUUGCAUUGUGAAGGCUGCGCUAAGAAAGUCCGGCGCUCCGUCAAACAUUUUGAAGGUGUGGAGAAAGUGACAACAGACAGUGCAAACAACAAGAUAACGGUGACGGGAACUUUGGAACCGGAGAGGCUGAGAGAAAGAGUGGAAUUCAAAACCAAGAAGAAGGUGGAGCUUGUGUCUCCUCAGCCUAAAAAAGAUGACAAAAAGCCGGAUGCAAAGCCGGAGAAAAAAGCCGAUGACAAGCCGGAGAAAAAAGCCGAAGACAAACCGGAGAAAAAAGCAGAGGAAAAGGUCGAGAAAAAGCCCAAAGAGGUGAGCACCGUGAUUCUGAAGAUUCGGCUCCAUUGUGACGGAUGCAUACAUAAGAUCAAAAAGAUUAUAUCAAAGACAGACGGAGUAGAUAAUGUGAUGGUCGAUUCCAAAAAUGAUUUGGUCACCGUGAAAGGAACAAUGAACGUCAAAGAACUCGUACCUUAUCUACAAGAAAAAUUGAAGCGAAGUGUAGAGAUUGUUCCGGCCAAAAAAGAAGGCGGUGGUGACAAGAAAGAAGGCGGCGGCGACAAGAAAGAUGGCGGUGGUGAUAAGAAAGAAGGCGGUGGUGACGGGGACAAGAAGAAAGACGGUGGCGGUGGCGGAGGAGAUGCUAAGGUUGAGAUGAAAAAAAUGGAUUAUCAUGGUCUUGACCCUUAUACAACAUUUGUUGUACCACCUUAUGGUCAUAGUCACUCUGUUCAUGAAUACGGUUCCACUUCCACGCCAAUGUACAAUCGGAGCUACUCUAAUCAAGAUUAUGGCAUAACAAAUUAUGAUCAAGGUCAUGUAAAUCAUGGUUAUCCUGUGGAGUACCAGUACCACCACGCCCCACCACCGGUUUACUAUAACGCACCCCUGAUGUUUAGCGACGAGAAUCCUAAUGCAUGUUCGGUGAUGUGAGAAAAGAUAUCAUUUCCGUAUCCAGUUCACAAGACUCCGACAUUAUGUUGGCUUGUCUAAGACGCAUAUUAUAAUAGAGUACUUAAAAAUUAAUUGUAAAUAUAUUAGAUUGAGUUAUAGUAGAUGCAAGAAACUUCUCUGAAUAUAUUCGUGUAUCCGUAACGGAGGAGUAGAUGAGAACAGAGGCAUUUUUCAUUUUAUUAGGCUGAAGAAGGAACAGUUAAAUUUGUUCAUCUAUAAUAAAUCCAAUUUUCUGCUA